AACGGCAACUAUGAUGCUAAUGUCGAUGAUGGAUCAUAAUCAGCAGAAAUUACGGCAACAGCAAAUGUUUCAACAGCAGCAGCAAGAGCAACAGAAAAGAAGAAAUUCUUCCCAUUACGAUCAAUGUUCGCUGAUGAAUCAAUCCACAUCGGCUAUAUUGACAAUGACAAAUGGUGCUUGUGUGCAUUCAUUACCAUUAAAAUCGAAAUCUUCAUCAGCAUUGGUCAUUCCUACAUCACCGUUAUUAGCACAGGUACCACCAUCACCUGAUGCCAUCAUAAUCGGUGGAAAUGUUUGUGUCAAUAUGAAGACAUCAAUGGAAAAUGGAGACUAUCAUCGGCAAUCAGAUAGAUCGUUAUCAAAAAUGAAAUCACCAACAAUGGAUAAAGUAAAUUCAUUCGAAAUCAUUGAAGAAGAACCGGAUGCUGAUUCUUGUUCUGAUGAUAAUGAUGAUCAUACUGAUGGUAGUGAUCAACAACAAAAAGAAAAUACAGCAACUUUGACCGAUGAUGAUACGGAUAAUCCAUCAAUCAGUUUAUUUAGUAAUCCAGAUAUCCGUUCGUCCAUCAGGAAACUAUCAUUGGAUCAGAAUUCAUUCUCAUCAUCUUCGAAUGAUUCCGGAUCCAAAAUACAAUCAUCAAACGAUGAAAAACCAUUGCUAAAAACACAACAGCCAUCACGACUGGUAAAAAUUCCAUGGUCACCACAACCGCAGGCACCAAAAGUUCAUCUACAAGUUGUGAAUAAAAUAUUCUCACCACCACCACCACCAUCUCAACCCGUCAUUGGUGUUUCACAACAAAAACGUCAUUCAAUAUUAUCAUGGACCCGAAAACGUGCUCAACGUUUCAUGUCAACAUUUGGACAAUCAUUGGAUCAAUCCAUACAAACGGUUCAAUCAUUUCUAUCACCUCCACCGGAAGUUGUGUCACGUAAAAUUAAUAAUCACACCACCAAUACAGGCAUAUCCAAUAAUAGGGUGACGAGUAAAACAUUAAAUGCAACUAGUUUAUCAUCAUCAUCAUCAUCUUAUUAUCGUAAUCUAAAUUAUCACCUGCAACUACAACAACAACAACAGCAGCAACGACAACAGCAACGUUAUGUUCCAAAAGGUGAUCCAUUCUGGUAUCAUAAAUCCUAUUUUAAUAAUAGUAACCAAACGAAUGACGACUUAUUGAAUAAUCAUACAAUCAAUAAUCAAAGUCAUGGUUUCAAUGGAAAAACACAGCAAUCAACAACAUCUCAGGUUCAUUAUCCUCAAAUGACUCAUAGAACAAAUCAUCAUUAUCAGCUCAAUGGCCACCAUCAGCAUCAACAUCAACAAUCUCUUCACAAUCAACAGUUACAUUAUCAUCAUCCACAUCAACAUCAACAAAUUGCCCAACAACCAAUGAUAAAAAAUUUAAGUCAAAAUUUGGACCAUUUCUAUUAUGUCUAUGAGAAUGGCUAUAUCAAAAAGAUUAUGUCAUUGCAAAUCUCACCUCAUCAUCAGUUUAUUCCAUUCUCUGAGACUACUCUUAUUAUACUGACAUUAUCUUGUUGAUAAUAUCGGAAAAGCGCCAUUGAUGAAGCGAAAGUUUUUAGUCCGUCUUGAUUCAUUUAUUGACUCUUUUUUUUCUUCACUCUGGUUUCGGAACAUCAAUUCGGUGGAUCAACUUCAAUGAACCGUUUUUUUUUCGUCAAGAAAUAAAUCACCAUCUUCAUUCAUUCAUUCAUUCACUGUGAUGGAGUAAACCUUUCCAAGUACAAUGACACUUUUUUUUGAAUUUAGUCAAAUUGUAUCUGAAUCGUCAAUUAUGACAUGAUUUUUUCUUCUGAUGAGCUGCUGCACUUCGACAGUUUAUUGAUGCAUAAAAAUUUCAUCCCAUCAUAAUCAUAAUUAUUAGUGUGUGUGUGUGU